AUGGGUGCUACGCAUGGACAAGUGGUAGCUGGUGGUCAUGACCAAGGAGAUCGAUUGGAUCAAUUGAAUGGUCCAUUCGAUGUGUUGAUCGAUAAAGAGAUGGAUAGUCUCAUUAUUUGUGAUCGAGACAACCGACGAGUCGUACGAUGGUCUCGUCGAAGUGAUACAACACAAGGAGAAAUCGUCCUCGACAACAUCACUUGUCGAGGAUUGGCCAUGGAUGAACAGAGAUAUCUCUACAUCUCUGACACGGAAAAACAUGAAGUAAGACGAUAUCAAAUAGGAGACAAGAACGGAACUAUCGUGGCUGGUGGCAAUGGACGGGGUGAUGGUCUCAAUCAACUCAACUCUCCGACCUACAUCUUUGUCGAUCGAGAACAGACUGUCUACGUGUCAGACAACAACAAUCCUCGUGUGAUCAAAUGGAAUAAAGGUGCAAAAGAAGGAAUUGUCGUCGCUGGAGGUCAAGGUAAAGGGAAUGCUCUGACACAAUUGUCGCGUCCUUUGGGACUAUUCGUCGAUACUUCGAGUACCGUCUAUGUGGCAGACUCGGAGAAUCAUCGAGUGAUGCGUUGGCCUAAAGGAGCGACACAAGGCACCGUCAUUGUGGGUGGAAACGGUCAAGGAGCAGCAGCAAAUCAGUUCUACCUUCUCGAGGGUUUGUCCUUCGAUCGACAUGGCAAUCUCUAUGUCGCCGAUAUAGGGAACUAUCGUGUUCAACGAUUUUCUAUUGAAUAG